CUGAACCAGCAUAGUUUUUCUUGCAAGAAACUCAUCGUUUCAAUGUUAAAUUUGCAUUUAAAGCUUGGGAGCUAUUUUUUUCAAGACUCGUGUAAAACUCUGUUCAUUUGUAAGUGUGAGAACCUCAUUAUUUAAUUUGCAGUAAGAAAAUGAUUAUAUUUUAAUUAACCAGGAGCUAUUUUUUCAAGAUUCGUGUAAAACUCUGUUCAUUUCAAAAACUUACAAGGAAGACUCUGACACAACGUUCUCAAAAUCAACAGAACCCCCAAGCGAAAUGGAUUUACAGGUUGUGAUCCUCGCUGGUGGAUUCUCGAGUAAUCUCGUCCCCUUGGUCUCCAAGGAAGUCCCUAAGGCGCUGCUCCCCGUUGCAAACCGUCCGGUGUUAUCUUACGUUCUCGAUCUUCUCGAGAGUAGUAAUCUCAAGGACCUCAUCGUCGUUGUUGAAGGAGAAGACGCCGCUCUGACAGUUGGUGGAUGGAUAUCGUCUGCCUGCGUUGAUCGUUUACAUGUUGAGGUAUUCUCAUUGUGAUAGUUAUAAGUUACAUUAGAAAUUGAGCUUAAGGCUUCGUAUAUGAUCAAUGAAAUU